CCCUAUACCUAUUACAGCUCUUACUUACACUUGAGUAACAUCUACACAACCAACAAUGUCUUCUCCUUCUUCAUUCACCAGUGCAAUUCUCCCCUUUAUACUUUCUUUCUUUAUCGUCACAGCAUUUUUCAUGGUCCCUUUAACCAGUGCACAACCUUCACCUGGAUUCUCCCCUAGUUCCAAAUUUAGGAAUAUAGGCUUUUUCCAAGGCUUUAGAAAUUUAUGGGGUCCUCAACAUCAAAGAGUCGAACAAAAUCAAUUAACCAUUUGGCUUGAUAGGAGCUCAGGAAGCGGAUUCAAGUCAACUCAAGCAUUCCGGUCGGGUUACUUCGGAGCCGCGAUCAAGCUCCAUCCUGGUUAUACGGCAGGAGUCAUAACAUCUCUUUAUCUUUCCAAUAACCAAGCUCGUCCGCGAGACCACGAUGAAGUUGAUAUCGAGUUUCUUGGAACGACACCGGGAAAGCCGUAUACUCUGCAGACAAAUGUGUAUGUAAGAGGAAGUGGAGAUGGAAGUAAGAUUGUAGGAAGAGAAGUGCAGUUUAAUUUGUGGUUUGAUCCAACUGCAAAUUUCCACCACUAUGCUAUUCUCUGGUCUCCUAGAGAAAUCAUAUUUUUGGUAGAUGAUAUUCCAAUAAGGAGGUACAAGAAGAAGAGUGAUGCAACUUUUCCUUUGAGACCAAUGUGGGUAUAUGGCUCAGUAUGGGAUGCAUCAUCAUGGGCUACAGAAGGUGGUAAAUACAAAGCCGAUUACAAAUACCAACCAUUCUAUGCAAGAUACACGAAUUUCAAACUUAGUGGUUGCCCUGAGAAUGCACCAAACUCAUGUAGUGCCGUCUCAGCUUCGCCAAAUCCGGCCGGUGGAUUGAGCCGUCAGCAGAACUUGGCUAUGCAAUGGGCUCAAAAGAACCAUAUGGUUUAUGACUAUUGCAAGGAUUCAACAAAAGAUCAUUCUGUUACACCAGAGUGUUUCAUGGCUUAGUUCUCUUCACCAUAGCAAGUCAUAUUUGCUUCCCUUGGUCUAUCUAAAAAAUACAUACGAAAAUCAUCAUAUACCUGCAAUUCUGUAUCAAUCAUAUACGUAAACCAGUUCUUGGAAAUUCUUGGGAUGGGUCCAACUUGUUGAAGAGUUGUUAAGCGUCCAAGACUCCGAAGACUUUAUACUUUUUUUUUUAAUGUUUUUAUUUUAAUGUGUAACUAUUGUUGUGUGCAUUAUUAUAAAAAGAAGUGGUGUGUAGUCUUACGAAUCCGAUCAUCUAUUUCGUCAUCCCACGGCACGGAUCGAUCGGUUAUAUAUUGUAUAUAGACGUCCGUCGGAUUGUUGAUUUUCU